GUUCAAAAUGGCGGCUUGCAGUAUAGAAGACGUGCUGGCUAAAGCUGAGAAAGAUGAAGCGGAAAAGCUCAAAAGUAUCACAGUGCACAAAGAGCUAGAUCUCGAAUUUGACCUAGGCAACCUGCUUGCUUUUGACAAGAAUCCGCCUGAUGCACGAGAGUUCAGACAGAAGAAAAAGGAGGACUUUCUGUGCUCACUGGCCCGGGACAACACGCAACUGCUCAUCAACGAGAUCUGGAAACUGCCUACUGAAAGAGUAGAUGAGGUUAUAGUUGCAAAACUACCCGAACCAACCACUCGACUGCCGAGGGAAAAGCCAGCGCCGAAACCUAGGCCCCCGACAAAAUGGGAGGAAUUUGCAAAGUUGAAGGGGAUCCAGAAGAAAAAGAAGACGAACCUGGUGUGGGACGACGUGCACAAGGAAUGGAGAAGACGAUGGGGCUACAAGCGUGCUAACGAUGACACCAAAGAGUGGCUGAUCGAGGUUCCCGAGAGCUCGGAUCCAAAUGAGGACCAGUUUGCGAAGCGGAUGAAGGCCAAGAAGGAGAGAGUGGCAAAGAACGAAUUAAAUCGUUUGAGGAACAUCGCCAGGGCACAGAAGAUAAAAGUACCCGGGGUGGGUCUUGCACCGACCGACCAGCAGUCUAAAUCUGAACUGGGGAAAGCCGUGCAAGUGGCUAAAGUGUCCACCGCUUCAGUGGGUAAAUUUCAAGACCGCCUGCCCAAGGAGAAAGCGCCAAAAAACACUGGAAAGAAAAGAAAGUUCCAGCCUCUUAUCGGCGAUUUCUCCACCGAAAAGCAAAAACAGCUGGACAUCUUGAAAGUUAUGGACAGCAAAAAACCCCGUCUUGACAUUACCAAGGCAGUGAACAAACAAAUGAGAGAAGAAGACGUGGAAUCUGGCUCCAAAAGGAAGAAAGGAUCUGGCAAGAAGGGACGCAAGGGUAAUUUCUCUGGAAAGAAGGGUAAAGGAUUUGGAUCGACUGCCAAGAGUGGCAAGAACCGAAAACCACGUAUGAAGCAAGGGAAACGAUAGAGAGAUUAAUCUUUCUCAUACUUUACAAUAGUUCAAGAAAACUUUGGCACACAGCUGUCAUUUCAUAUAAUCCGUUUUUCUUAAGUUUUUCGUUUGUUAAAUCCAUGCAAUGUCAUGUCCAUCUGAAAGUACAGCAGUAAUCGGGAAGCUGUGAAGUUGCUGUGAUGAAUGUGAUGAUGCCAUUUAAGCUUUGUGCUAGUCAGGCUUGUCCGCAGUGGGUGUUCGCAAACCAUUGCAAACCCACAAGAUCUAACAGUGUUUGUUGAUGCAUACGUUAUUUGACAGCCGUUAGAUAAUCUGAAUUGAUUUAAAUGAAAGCUCACCUGAACUUUUGAGGCUCAUGUCUGUAUUCAUGUGUCUAUGCUUUAUGAUUAUGAUGGGAUUGUUUGACGGAAUCGUCACUGCUGUGAAAGAAAGACUCGUGGAAAUGUUUUUUUUUUUUUUUUAAUUAUUCCUUAAAUGAGUAUUUUAUCAACAUAGCGCGCAUAUUGUUUUGAUGUGUACACCGAUAUUUCUUUAAAAUUCCUGCAGAAAAACAUUUUAUAAAGCGGUAACCAACAUCUGUUGAAGCAUGUCGAUUGAAAGUUGUAUAAAAAUUAAUAUUUGAUAAUAAAUAAAAUUCAGAGAUGUCAGUUUGUCCUGUAAACGUGUUAUAUUGUAAGAGGUACUGAAACCGUGACACACCAUGUACCAACGUACAAAUGUAACUUUAGAAAAAACAACAAUAUGCAGUAUUGAGCGCUAUUGUUGGGCUGUAAACUGAACAUUUAAUGUUUUUGUUUGAUUUUGUAAAUGCACAGAGUAUUUUAGUUUAGUAUUUUGA